AUGUCAAUGCCUCUCUUCCGUGAAGAGCAACUCGACUCUCCCCUGGGCUACUUCUCCGCUCAACCAGGCCAAACACUCAAAGACGGCACAUGGACAAUAACCCGCAAGCUCGGGUGGGGUCCGCGAUCGUCCACCUGGCUUGUCAUCGACAAGAACGAUCAACACUGCGCCCUAAAAAUCUUGACAGCCGCCGCCACCGCCGACCCGGACGCCAAAAACGAACGUUAUUUCGUCCUCAAGGCUAUGAAAGCCACUGCUUCAAGUGGUGUACCCGAGCUGCUUGAAACGUUUGAGGAAAAGAAUGAGCGGGGGAGAAAGCACUUUUGUUUGUUGUACAGGCUUCUUGGACCGUCUGUUGAGGAUCUGAGACAAGGGAACGUGUAUCAUGGACAGAAUCUGCCUGUUCAUAUCGUCCAGAAGGUCAUUGGUGAUAUUUCGGAAACUCUGGCCAAUCUUGCUUCUCAGAACAUCAUACAUGGUGCUGUAACACCCGACAAUUUCCUCUUCGUCUCUGUCCAACAGGGCGACCAAGUCCGAAAAGUCCUCGCAAAAGCACCAGCCGACAAGUCUGUCAAGAUUCAAGGAAGCGAUGGAGUUUCUUAUCCUACCGUCAAGUCUCAGCCGAUUCCGAACCAUUAUACAUGGGAAUCCAAAGCGGACGAUAUUGCCUAUACGAUAUUCAAUCUUGCCAAUUUCGCGCAUGCCCGCCAGACAACAGCUAUAACCCUCGACACACCCAAAAACAUUCAACCACCGGAAGCCCUCACAGGGGGCAAAAUUGAUUUGAGCUCUGACGUCUGGACGCUCGGAUGUACGACAUACCUUCUCCUCACUGGAAAGCCUCUCUUUGCCGAAUCAUACGUCGCAUCUCCUGUCAAAGUCGCACACGAAACGCUCGGCAAGCUCGAAAGUCUCCUCACUGAAAGUGCGAACGUCACAGAGAAAGAUCUCGCCUCGACUGCAAAGUUCCUCAGGAUGUGUCUUUCUGUCAAGUCUGCGAAUAGGGCGACGGCACUUGAGGUGCUGGAAGGUGGUUGGAUUACGAGGGGGUGUGCUUGUGGGUGGUGCGGUUAA